CGGAAGUUACGCUGGCAGUUGAGCAGCAGGCUGUCGCGCGAGCCGAUAGCCGCCUGCUCUCGAAAACAACUAAAGAAAAGCUAUUUUAAAGCGUCCGGGGUGGAAGUGAAACCAGCCGUGACGAAAACAUGGACGAAGACGUGUUGACAACGCUGAAGCUGCUGAUCAUCGGGGAGAGCGGCGUGGGGAAGUCCAGUCUCCUUCUGAGGUUCACAGAGGACACGUUCGACCCUGAGCAGUCGGCUACAAUAGGAGUGGACUUUAAAGUGAAGACCCUGGCAAUAGACGGAAACAAAGCGAAGCUCGCCAUUUGGGACACAGCUGGACAGGAACGAUUUCGCACCCUGACGCCCAGCUACUACCGCGGCGCACAAGGAGUCAUCCUCGUGUACGACGUGACGAAGCGCGACACCUUCACCAAGCUGGAGAACUGGCUGAACGAGCUGGAAACCUACACAACGCGCAACGACAUCGUGAAAAUGCUGGUUGGGAACAAAAUCGAUAAGGACGAUCACGAAGUGGACAGAAACGAGGGUCUGAAGUUUGCGAGGAAACACUCAAUGCUUUUUAUCGAGGCCAGUGCCAAGACCAAAGACGGCGUCCAGUGUGCCUUUGAGGAGCUGGUGGAGAAGAUCCUGCAGACCCCGGGGCUCUGGGAGAGCGACUCCCAGGGCCCCAAGGUCCGCCUGGGGGAGCAGGAGCAGGGCAGGGGCGGGGCCUGCGGCGGAUACUGCUCCAUACCCUGAAGGAGGAAAACGACGAGGCGCCAACCUGAGAGGAAGGACCGAGCGGAGGGGGAGGGGGAGGGGGAGGGGGGGUCCGUGCUUCAGGAGAGAAGUCAAUGGUUGGAGUGGUUCCGUCGUUCCGUGGACUUUGCUGUUUGCACACUUCCAUCUCAACAUCAACUGUCACUAUUUCCUGUUUCACACAUGGUUGAAGGAAUCAUGCAGAGAAAGCCUUUCAGAGGAAGUCGGGGGUCAAAUCGGCCUCGUGAGUUCAUGUCGGGUUCGGAUUGAUCUUAUUGGCAGUGAUCCGGCUGUACGUUAAGGCGCCGGGUUUCCAGCACGGCGCCCGGAGCCUGAACCGAUCUGUAGCUGACAGGAUGGCGCCUGUCAAACGUAAUCCAGAAUAAUUCAUUCUAAUCAGUGUUGUAAGUCCUGAGCCUGUUCUGACGUACGCAGAAAACAGGAAGCUUCAUGAAACGCGACCUGGACCGAGUCCUGGUGGCGGAGAGUGGUUUUGUAGCCGAGCUUCCUGUGCACGGCGCACCAGAACACUGUGAAAGAAGAAAUGUGUCCCAAAGAAGAAAUCUCGGCAUUGUUACAGAAACCCUCCAUCUUUAACCUGAAGCUGCAUUUGAUUCAUUUGCUGUUGAUUCCCAUCUGAUCAUCUCCUUCAGAAAAGAUAGAAACUCCCCGUUUUUCUGUUUGAUUCUCUUUUCAUUUAUAAAUCCGAGGUGGAUUAAUCCUCCGUCUUGUGGGAUCUUAACCCUGAUUUUUUUUUUUUUUUUUUGCUGUCGUCUUUGCAUGUGUGAUCUGGACCAUAACCUCCAGAGGAAAAAAAAAAAAAAGAAGUUUACACUAUCAAGACUUGUUGCAAUAAAAAAAAAACGGCCCUUUUACUCACAUCGGUUCACUUUUUUGUCACUUCACUCUCGUUAGAAUAGAAAAUAAGGCAACAUCGGCUUGACCCUGUAUUUUCAUUCUAUUUAGUCUUUUCUUCGCGUUCAGCCCCUCUUUAUGUUCUGCUGCCGGAUUGAAGCCAUUUUUCCUUUGUGUUAUGAGAGCAUUCCUCGGAGCGUUCGUUUCAGUAUGUUAGUGUGCUUCUUGUUUUUUCCUGAUGUAAACUGGAGCUGCUCUUUCCCUCCAGGGUUUGUUUUUGUCUCCUGUUCCUUCGCCUGCAUCUUUCUCAUUCAUAUAACGUAACGUGCUAAACUGAUCUCUGCCUUAACACUCAGACGUUUGCUGGAGUCACGGUCAGCUGCUGUUUGAAUUGUUUCAAACUGAAAUAAAUGACGACGCCGUCA